UUCACCUACUAAAACACUUGUCUCUCUAAAGGAAAGUAAGUGAAGAAACUGAUCCCCAUGGCUUCACAAAACUCUUCCCCGCCAUUGCAACAGAGGCUCAAAGUUGAUAGAAAGUUCAUGAAUGCUUUCUCCCUCCUCCUCUUGCUACUUCUCCUCUCCUUCAUGUCUUAUAGAUUGGCCACAUUACCCACCCUUGAAGGCUUGGAAUAUUGGUUUUGGGCGCUAGCUUUGGCCUGUGAGACUUGCUUCACUUGGCUCUGGCUUCUCUCAAUCAAUGGCAACUGGAACCCUGUUCUGUUCAAGACCUACCCUGAAAGACUCCCACUUAGGUUUAAAUCCGAAUUGGAGUUACCGGCGAUAGACGUGUUUGUGACCACGGCCGACCCAUUCAUGGAACCUCCAAUUAUCGUCAUCAACACUGUGCUCUCGAUCCUGGCCGUAGAUUACCCUACGAGCAAGUUCGCAGUAUAUGUAUCGGACGAUGCAUGCUCCAUCAUCACUUUCUACUCUCUGUCAAUGGCUUCUGAGUUUGCUAGGACUUGGGUGCCAUUUUGCAAGAAACACAAUGUGAGUGUUCGGGCCCCGUUCAUGUACUUUUCAGACAACACGGCUGCCUCCGAUUCUUUCUCACCGGAGUUUCUCUCAGAGUGGAAAAUGGUGAAGAGUCAAUAUGAAGAACUAUGUAGAAGGGUUUCAGAGGCUGUGAGUGGGUCUUGCAAGUAUCAUCAAUAUAUGAGGAGUGAAGAUUUAGCCUUUUUCUCAAGGAUUGAACGUGGAGAUCAUCCUAGCGUAGUGAAGGUAAUAGUGGAGAAUGGGGAGAAAGGGUCAGAAGGGGUAGGGCACCUCAUUUACAUAGGCAGAGAGAAGCGACGAAAGCAUCGACAUCACUUCAAGGCUGGGGCCAUGAAUACUCUGUUUAGAGUGUCUGGGGUGAUGACAAAUGCUCCCUUCACAAUGAAUGUUGAUUGCGACAUGUUUGUUAAUAAUCCUCGAUGCUUCUAUGAGGCCUUGUGCUUGCUUUUUGGCUUCGAAAGUGAACGCGAUGCUGGUUUUGUUCAGUUUCCCCAAGUCUUCUAUGGAGGCCUGAAAGAUGACCCUUUUGGAAAUCAACUGAAAGUCCUCUACCAUACAUUAGGGCGAGGAUUUGCAGGGCUUCAAGGCAUGCUGUAUUCAGGGACUGGUUGCUUUCACAGAAGAAAGGCUAUUUAUGGAGCACAGCCCCCAGAGCUACCCAAUGGAAAAGGGCAACUAACAAAAUACAUGAAUGGAUCAGAUGAAGCUAAAAUGGAAGAACUGGAAAGCAUAUUUGGACACUCUGAAGAAUUUUUAAAAUCUGUUGUGUGUAUCCUCUCAGAAGAUGGAUACUUGGGCUCCUAUAACCCUGUUAGCCUUGCCAGCACCCUAGAAGCCGCACAUGAAGUUGCUCGAUGCACAUACGAGAAUCAUACACAAUGGGGAGACAAGGUGGGUUUGGUUUAUGGAUCUACCACUGAAGAUGUACUAUCAGGACUAAGAUUGCACUCCAUGGGUUGGAAGUCUGCUUCUUGCACACCCGAACCACCAGGCUUUCUCGGGUGCGCUCCCUCCAGUGGCCCUGAAAGCUUGACCCAAAGUAAGAGAUGGGCCACUGGCAUUCUGGAAGUCCUAGUCGGAAGCCACAGCCCGUUGCUAGCUGUUGUAACAAAGAAGCUCCAAUUCAGACAGUGCUGGGCUUACAUAACGAUCACUGUAUGGGCCUUGUGUUCCCUUCCUGAAUUGUGCUAUGCAACACUUCCUGCAAUUUGCAUCCUCACAGGGAGAUCCUUCUUGCCCAAGGUAACUCAGUCAGAUGCUUUAUUUCCGAUCAGCCUCUUCAUCUUGUUCAACCUUUACAGCAUAAUAGAGUACUGGCAAAUCAAGCUUUCACUAAGGGAGUGGUGGAAUAAUCAACGGAUGGCGAGGAUAAAUUGCACGAGUGCAUGGCUCUUUGGCCUCUUUGAUGUGAUCCUCAAGCUCCUCCACCUUUCAGAGACUGUAUUCGUCGUCACCCCAAAAGAUGACCAUGGCUCUUCUGGUGAUGAGGCCAAAGACCGUGGCAGGUUGACCUUUGACUCAUCCCUGCUCUUCUUGCCACCCACCACUCUCCUCCUCCUCAACUUGGCCGCCUUGGGGGCCGGCAUUCCGAUGUUGACAAGUGGUGACAUCUCAUUGGUUGGAGAGAUGGUGUGUAGCGCAUGGGUAGUUGCUAGCUUCUUUCCCUUUGCAAAAGGGCUGGUGAGGAAGGGCAGAUAUGGAUUGCCUUGGUCUACAAUUUUCAAAUCAGGUGUCAUAGCAUCCUUCAUUGUACAUGUUUGUAGAUACAUUGCAUAGAGGGCAUGGCUUCCUUCAUUUCACAUGGGUCUAGACAGGUUCAUUCAAAGAGUUCUACACCACAUUUAAUGAAACAUUUGCAUUGGUUUACUGUCUUUUAGAGCUCAAUUCUAUGUAAGCCUUGAAAGGAGGCUCCAUAAAAGAGUGAAGAAUGUAAAGAGGUUGGCUUACGAUUUUGAAUGAAGCGCUGCGUCUCUUAUUUACU